CAAUUUCGUGUAUUUCUUUCCAAGAUGGCGGUAAAUGUGGAGGUUGUGAAUCGUGCAUGGACUGUUGUAUGCGAAUCUCUUACACCAGGAAAGAUACAAAGACCUCUCAGCAAUUCUGAAGUAGAAUUUCAAAACUCUGUUCAAAUUUUAAUCCAAAAUAGUCUAGGUCAUAUCAUUGAGGAAUGGUUUCUAGAAAAUCUGCAGCAAUAUCUACGUCUUCAAGUCGCCUCCAAAUUUUGGUCAUAUUUUGAGCCUUCUACCAACAGUGAUGCUGCUGUGGAUCAUACAGAACAGUUAUCUCAAGCUGUGGAUUAUCUCCACACAGUUGUGUCAGACUAUGUGCCAUGCUUCAGUAGGCUGGAAUCUGUCAGCCAGCUGAGCCAAUGUCGUAAGCCAUCACUGUUGAUCCAUGCUGGCUCUCUGUCCAGCACGUUCAUAUUAUUGAUUAAGGCAGUCGUAUUUAACCUUAUCCCACGUACAUUCAAGGAUGCAGUGGACUUGUUUUACUCAGAGGCAUUCAAGGUCUUCCACCACAGCAGUUCAGAAGAGGAACAAGAUGGUGAUGAUGAAGAAGAGUUGACAGGUUGUAAGGGGUGUGGCCAGGGAAUGGAGAGGUGUCGUUGUCAGGACAUCAUGGUCAGAUUCCACAAGCUUAAUGCCAAGUUAGAUGAUAUUGGGAUACUGGAGCGUGUGUCGGGUUCAGCUGUGACUGCCAUUGUCCAUGAGAGAAUCAAACAGCAUGUGGAGAGCACCUGUAAAGGGAACUUUGAAACAUCUUACCUGGAUAAUCUACAAAAUUGGUUGGAGACAAAAGUGCUAGGCUGGCUACAUCUUGUUUAUUCUGAUGAAAGACGUCACACCACUGCAGACUGCAUAUCAGGAUUUAAAGGCAGACUACUCCACUUCCUGUUUGAGACAUUUGCUAAAACACAGAUUGAUCAGCUUUUCAACAUUAUCAUAGAGUACCCAGAGUCAGAACCAGCAAUAUUAGAUCUGAAAGUUUGCCUGGAGAAAACAGAUCAGCGACCGCAUCUGGUUACUUCACUGAAGUCGGCCUUGGAGACAAGACUCCUGCAUCCAGGUGUGAACACUUCUGAUAUUCUCACUGCAUACAUUGCUGCUAUCCGGGCUCUCAGAGUGCUUGAUCCCGCAGGGGUGAUUUUAGAACUUGUCUGUGACCCUGUCAGGAAAUAUCUGAGGUCUCGAGACGAUACUGUGCGCUGUAUUGUCUCAAACUUGACUGAUGAUGGGAGCAAUGAGUUAUUAGAUGAACUCAUCAAAGGUCAGCCCCUACUUUUAGAUGAGGGUUGCCAUAGUGACGAUGAGGAUGAAGACUGGGAGAAGUGGAUCCCAGACCCUGUGGAUGCUGAUCCUUCUACAACAUCCAAGAGCAGACGAGCCUCCGACAUCAUUAGUAUGUUAGUGAACAUCUAUGGCAGUAAAGAACUAUUUGUGAACGAGUACCGAACUCUUCUCGCAGACCGCAUCCUUACUCAGUUUAAUUAUGACAUAGAGAAGGAAAUCCGCUACCUUGAGUUACUCAAGUUGCGGUUUGGAGAAGCACAGCUCCAUUAUUGUGAAGUGAUGCUGAAGGAUGUUGCCAACUCUAAACGUCUCAAUUCCCGAGUGGUUGAGGAGAGAUCUAAAGGGACACCAGAGGAGAUUGAAGUAAAUGCUAUGAUCCUGUCCGCCCAGUUUUGGCCGGCGUUCCGAGAGGAGAAAAUAGCCCUGCCAGAGAUAAUGCAGAACUCACUAGAGAGUUACACUAAAGUAUAUGAAACACUGAAAGGCAAUCGUACACUCAACUGGAAACCUCACCUUGGCUUGGUAAAUGUAGACAUUGAACUCAAAGAUAGGACCUUAACCUUCAAUGUGUCGCCUGUCCAUGCAGCCAUCAUUAUGCAGUUCGAAAAUCAAGCACGAUGGACUAUAGAGGAGCUAAGCAAUUUCCUACAAAUGCCUGCCACUGCACUACGGAGGAAGAUUGCAUACUGGCAGACCCAGGGGCUACUCAAAGAGGAAACUACAGACACUUUCAUCCUCAUAGAGGAACAUAAAGGACGUACACAUGACGUCAUCAUUACUGACGACGAUGAAGCAGAAUCUGCCAUGGCAUCUGCUCAUGCCCAGAGGGAAGAAGAGCUACAGGUAUUCUGGUCCUAUAUAGUAGGCAUGCUAACUAACCUGGAGAGUUUACCCUUGGAGAGGAUACAUAGCAUGCUGCGUAUGUUUGCCAUGCAGGGACCAUCUGCGCUGGAAUGUAGUGUACCCGAGUUAAAGGAGUUCCUCGACAGAAAAGUCAAGGAGCAGAAACUGAUCUAUUCUGCAGGAGUGUAUCGACUCCCCAAACCCAGCUGAGCAUACCUAAAUAUACACCGAGGAUGAGAGAUCUUUCCACGCCAGAGAUGGAAACAUUUCAUUAGAACAGGCUGGUCCAGUGUAGCUUUAGGAAAUGUACUGGUACACUCAAUAUUGAGUCUGGACUGACCCAAGCAGUGAGCGAUUCAACUGUCAGACUAUCUCGCUGCUUCUGUGUCCAGAUUCCACAGAUAGCAUCAGUCUAUAUUGGAUUAACUGACCAAACAAAGAAAAGAUAGGUGACCAUUACCGUGUCUAUAUCAAACUGACUUGUGUUAUUAAUGACAGAACUUCUGAAGAUUUUAGUUUGUGUUGACUAAAGUCUUUAGUUUGUGUUGACUAGUCGGUGUUAAUCACGCUAUGGUCAAUGAUGACAUAAUCAGUGAGAUCAGAAACCUGCCCCUCUGGUAUAUAGAUUGACAAAUGACAAAGAUGCACCCAUUCAUUGUGAUCCCUUAACUCACUUGUGCUACAUGAGUAAAGCUGAGCUAUGAUGAAUUGACCACAAUUGGUUGAACUUAUUUGUGUAUUACUUUCAAGUUCUAGAAUACCACCUACAUAACAGAUAUUUGUGACUGCAUAAUAUGCUCUAAAGUAUAUAUUAUAUUCUGUGUUUGUUGUAGGGAUUUAGUCUAACUGUCUGAAUACACUAUCUAAACUGAAUAAUUCUCCUGUGAAAGUGUUAAGAAUUAUCAUGAAAACAUAAAGUGAAAAAUCUAAAACCCAGCCUAAAAAUUAACAACUGUGCUACUUGUUUUGGUUGAAGAUUUAAAAGAUGAAAUCAUUACUAUUUAAAUUUGUUGAUAUGUUGCAUUAAAACUGUGAUAUUAAUGUUUAAAA